GCGCUUAGGAGAAUUCAUUGAAUUUUCGUGACAAAGCUGUCUGUUCAAGUUUUCUGUAUAUAAUAAAAUACAAGGGAAGCGGCACUUCCACCGCUUCCAAAGAUGGCACACCACUGCUGAAUACUGAAAACAGAUAACACAAAAUGUUUUGUGAAAUUGCCUAUUUAAACUCUAAUUUAUGACAAAACUACUUUGUUAUUCCUUAUUGCUUAUCACUGAAGUUGGAAUAGAUUUUAAAGAAUAGAAAAUGAAAGAAGGAACAGAAAUACAUCCACAUUGCAAAGAUUGUAUUAAAAUCUGGAAAUGUACUGUUCAACCCAAGGAAGGUGAAAGCUGUAAAAUCAUAUCAUGUGAUUUUAAUUGUGGAGCAAGAUUUCAUUUAUGCAAAACAGAGGAACAUCAACUUUUGUGUUUAAAUGAAAAGGUACCCUGUAUCAAUGUACUUAAUGGAUGUCCUGCCAAAAUGUUGCGAAAGUACUUAGGUACUCAUUUAGCUACCUGUCCAGCAAGUGUAAUCCACUGUAAAAUGGAAUGGAAUCGUUGGCCAGUACAUUUUCCUCAGCAAAUACAAUUACAUCAUCAGCGACCAUUACAUGAAAUGCAAUUAGAUGUCGCAUUAGCCAUGAGAGAUCAGAGAAUGCUGCAACAAUCAUUUCAGAUGUCAUCUCAGUAUGCAUUAUGUAGUAGUCCUAUAAAAUAUUCUGCUAUGCAGUCCCAAAAUAGAAGUCAGAUAGAAUUAAACCCAGAAAAGCUAUAUGAUAAUUAUUAUACAAAUGGAAUGGAUAAAAAUGAAAAUGAAUAUGAAAAAGAAUCACAUUGCAAGGGUGACUGGAUGAAACUUUGUGCAAGUUACGAUGAUAUUUUAUUUGUUAACAAUGUUGUCAUUAGUGAUAUUUCUUCAGCACCUAUGACAGAUUGUUCUUAUAAUGAUGUCAAUUCAGUACCUACAAUGCCUGGUGGAUUAUAUGUUCCUUCAGGUCCAUCAAUAGGAUUAAAUCUUAAUUUAGAGACUCGAACCAGACACCAAUCAAAAUCAAAGUCUAUGUUUACUUUUAUAUGUGGACAGGACUUUAGACGGGAUGAAUAUUGCUGGCAUUAUAAAAAUGUUCACAGUGAUAUUCAUGGAGGUUUAAAUGGAUGGAUAGAACAACGAUGUCCUUUAGCAGUUUAUGGAUGUACCUUUGCACAUAGAAGACUUAAUCCAAUGCCAAGAGGAUCUGUAAUAGUGCAUAGUGAACAGUUAGAAAGCUUUGGUGUACAACCUCUACCAUUAAAAUAUUUGUUUCAGUCUCAUCCAGGAGAAAAAAUUCCAUCACAGAGUUAUCAAGUUGGACCUGUAAUAAAAGAAAAGACACAAUCUGAAUUUAGUAACUCAAUCAAUAUUCAACAUUUACCAUUUAGAAUAUUACAACAAAUAGCUAGAUAUUUAGAUAGCUUUAGUCUUUCAAAUCUUGCAUUAACUUCAGUUCUACUAAGAGAUGUAUGCUGUUCAUUAUUAGAAGAUAGAGGAAUUGUUGUAUUUAGGUGGGAAAGACAUAAAAUUGGUGAAAAUUAUACAUGGAAGAUUGCAAAUAAGAGAUGGUUUUUUAGUACUUCAUUUACACCUAUAGAAGAAUGGUGCUUUGAAGACAGCAGUAUAUCAAAUCAUCUCAGGAUAUGCCCAUUGUUUCAAAGGAAUAUUAAAACUAAACCAUAUUUUUGUCUCGGAUUAGACAAAAAGAGUUGUCACUACCAUUAACAAUUUUUUUUUCUAGCAAAUUGUGAUAGAACAUAUUUAGAUUAGAAAAGUAAAACUAAAAGUUUGUAAGUGUAAAUGAUUUUUAUUAUAUUAAAAAUUUUAAACUUUGCUUAUAAAAUUCUGAAGUACAAAUUUUAAAAUUCAGUUUAUCUGAACAUAACCAAAUUUAAAAAUUACUACAAAUGAAGUUGAAAAUAAUCAUUGUAAAAAUAAGCAUUUAUUUUUGAUUCAUAUAAAUGAAUAAUAAUCUAUCAAUUGCUUUACAGCAGGGGUUCCCAACUUGUGUUCUGCAGAAUCAUAGGGUUCCACAAUAAAAUCUGCUGAGUCUAGUGAUGUAUGAAUGAGCCAAUGCAGAUUUGGGAUGUGAGGUGUAAUUGUUCUAGUCGCAGAUCAAGUCUUGUUAUGAUGUCCUAUACAUGUGGUAGAGUUAUUUAUAGCUUUAUAAACAGUGGUGGCCAAUUUAUUGGUAAUGGAACAAACUAUGAUAUAAUGUUUGACAUGAUAAUGAAAACCAUAAAAACAGAACCUAAAGCUAGAAAAUCAUAAAAAAAAUAACCUUAAAAAAAUAUCAAACAUAUAAAUAAUAUUACAAUCAUUAAAUAUGCUUUAAUUCAUCAAUAUUUACAGCACAAGCCUAUUGAGUCUAAUGACAGGAGUGGCCAAUCAGAUGCCUGAUGCUGUACUGUACUGUACAUGCUAUAAUACUAGUGACAAGACACCCAUAUCAGAUGAGCGUCACGUGUUGCCAACAGAUUAAUUAAUGUCCUAUCAUCUGUAGUGUGUUAUAGCACAAUUGUAUAGUGUAUAAGCAGGCAUAUCAAUCAACGAUUAUUAAGUUUUGCAUUCAGAGAUGUCCUGAUACUGCCAAUAUCAAUACUGUAUCAAUACUUUUCUUUGUUACCAAGUACUUUUUAUACUCGAUACUUACUCUGAUAUCCAGUGGUAUGGCAUGAAUUUGAUGAUAGGGAAGUUGUGUUUCCAUAAAUAUUUUAAACAAAUACUGGAAAUGACAAAAAUAAACAGUUUAUUUAUUUUAAUUCUAAAAUAGAUAAUGACACGAAACAAAGAUAUAAAAAUCUGUUUUUAUUAUUUUUUAUAAACUAACUCUAUUCACAAUUUUUUCUGCAAAGUCAUUAAUUACUUUAUCAUAAAAAUUUCUUGUCAUUGAUUCCAUUAAAGUAUUGAAAAGCUCUUUUUCUGUUGAAAGCAGUGCUAGUGACAAUCUUUCCUCUGACUGAGUGUUCCUUGCCACUGUAUCAAUUCGCUUCAUGGUUGAAAAACUGCACUCAACAGACGCACUGGUAGAUGGUACCAUAAAAAUUAAUGAUAUUAAACCAUAUAAUUCUUUUAGUACAUCUUUGUUCAGUUUGUCAUUAAUUAUAAUGUUUUAUGUGUAAGAGUGACUUGCCAGUAUAGUCUGGACAUGAAUAUAAAUAUUGCAAUUCACUACGUAAUUUAGAUAAAUCAAAAAUUUUCCAUAAAAUUUACUUAAUUUAAAGAAUUAAAACUUGCUUCGGAAA